GCGGCUGCGGAGCUCGCCGCCUCCCUUCCUCCACGGCUCCAUGGUGGCGACCUGCUCCCGGGGCUGACCACGGCGCGGAGGGGAUGGAGUGACCGGCCGGGGAAGAUGUUUGUGAAUUCUACUGUUCCAUCAGAGGGCAAACCUAAUAAGAUUCGGAAACUCGGAGUAUAGCAGCAGGCAUGGAUGAACAGGCCCUCUUAGGGCUAAAUCCAAAUGCUGAUUCGGAUUUCAGACAAAGGGCACUGGCCUAUUUUGAACAGUUAAAGAUUUCCCCAGAUGCCUGGCAGGUGUGUGCAGAAGCUCUGGCCCAAAGGACAUACAGCGAUGAUCACGUGAAGUUCUUCUGCUUUCAGGUUCUAGAACAUCAAAUAAAAUUCAAGUAUUCAGAACUCACUGCAGCUCAACAACAGCUUAUUAGGGAAACUCUUAUAACUUGGCUACAAGCUCAGAUGCUGAAUCCCCAGCCGGAGAAGACUUUCAUUCGAAACAAAGCAGCACAAGUCUUCGCGUUACUUUUUGUUACAGAGUAUCUCACUAAAUGGCCCAAGUAUUUUUUUGAUAUUCUAUCAGUAGUGGACCUUAACCCAAGAGGAGUAGAUUUAUACCUCAGAAUCCUCAUGGCUAUUGAUGCAGAAUUGGUGGAUCGGGACGUAGUUCAUACAUCUGAGGAGGCUCGUAGGAAUACGUUAAUAAAAGAUACCAUGAGGGAGCAGUGCAUUCCAAAUCUGGUGGAAUCAUGGUACCAAAUCUUACAGAAUUAUCAGUAUACUAAUUCAGAGGUGACAUGCCAGUGCCUUGAAGUAGUUGGGGCCUAUGUCUCAUGGAUAGACUUGACCCUGAUAGCCAAUGAUCGGUUUAUAAAUAUGCUGCUAGGUCAUAUGUCAAUAGAAGUUCUCCGUGAGGAAGCAUGUGACUGUUUGUUUGAAAUUGUAAAUAAAGGAAUGGACCCAGUUGAUAAAAUGAAACUAGUGGAAUCCUUAUGUCAAGUGUUACAGUCUGCAGGAUUUUUCAGCAUUGAACAGGAAGAAGAUGUGGACUUCUUAGCCAGAUUUUCUAAGCUAGUAAAUGGAAUGGGGCAAUCACUGAUCGUCAGCUGGACUAAACUGGUUAAGAAUGGGGACAUGAAGAAUGCUCACGAGGCACUUCAGGCUAUUGAAACAAAAGUGGCUCUAAUGUUACAGCUCCUAAUUCAUGAGGAUGAUGACAUCUCCUCGAACAUUAUUGGAUUUUGUUAUGAUUACCUUCACAUUUUGAAACAGCUCACAGUGCUCUCUGAUCAACAAAAAGCUAAUGUAGAGGCAAUCAUGUUGGCCGUUAUGAAAAAAUUGACCUAUGAUGAAGAAUAUAAUUUUGAAAAUGAGGGUGAAGACGAAGCUAUGUUUGUAGAAUAUAGAAAACAACUGAAGUUAUUGUUGGAUCGGCUUGCUCAAGUCUCUCCAGAGUUGUUGCUGGCUUCUGUUCGUAGAGUUUUUAGCACUACACUACAGAAUUGGCAAGCUACUAGGUUUAUGGAAGUCGAAGUGGCAAUAAGAUUGCUGUAUAUGUUGGCAGAAGCGCUUCCAGUGUCUCAUGGUGCCCACUUCUCAGGUGAUGUUUCAAAAGCUACUGCUUUGCAGGAUAUGAUACGGACUUUGGUAACAUCUGGUGUCAGUGCCUAUCAGCAUACAUCAGUGACGUUAGAGUUCUUUGAAACUGUAGUUCGAUAUGAAAAGUUUUUUGCCGUUGAACCUCAACACAUUCCUUGUGUUCUAAUGGCGUUCUUAGACCAGAGAGGCCUACGCCACUCUAGUCCAAAAGUACGGAGCAGAACAGCUUAUCUCUUCUCCAGAUUUGUCAAAUCCCUCAAUAAACAAAUGAAUGCUUUCAUUGAGGACAUUUUGAACAGAAUUCAAGACCUGUUGGAGCUUUCUCCACCUGAAAAUGGUUACCAGUCUUUGCUGAGCAGUGAUGAUCAGCUUUUUAUUUAUGAGACCGCAGGAGUACUAAUUGUUAACAGUGACUAUCCAGCAGAAAGGAAGCAGGCUUUAAUGAGGAAUCUGUUGACUCCGUUAAUGGAAAAGUUUAAAAUUUUGUUAGAAAAAUUGAUGCUGGCGCAAGAUGAAGAAAGGCAGGCAGCCCUAGCAGACUGUCUCAACCAUGCUGUUGGGUUUGCCAGCCGAACAAGUAAAGCUUUCAGCAACAAACAGACUGUGAAACAGUGUGGCUGUUCUGAGGUUUAUUUGGACUGUUUACAGACAUUUCUGCCAGCCCUCAGCUGUCCUUUACAGAAGGAGAUUCUCAGAAGUGGCGUACGUACUUUCCUUCAUCGAAUGAUCAUUUGUCUGGAGGAAGAAGUUCUUCCCUUCAUCCCUUCAGCCUCAGAACACAUGCUCAAAGACUGUGAAGCCAAGGACCUUCAGGAAUUCAUUCCUCUCAUCAAUCAGAUUACGGCCAAGUUCAAGACGCAGGUGUCACCAUUUUUACAGCAGAUGUUCAUGCCCUUACUUCAUGCCAUUUUUGAAGCGUUGCUUCGCCCCGCAGAAGAAAAUGACCAAUCUGCCGCUUUGGAAAAGCAGAUGUUGAGGAGGAGCUACUUUGCUUUCCUGCAGACAGUCACAGGAAGUGGCAUGAGUGAAGUCAUAGCCAAUCAGGGUGCAGAGAAUGUUGAAAGAGUAUUGGUGACUAUCAUUCAAGGAGCAGUAGAAUAUCCAGAUCCUAUUGCCCAGAAAACAUGCUUUAUCAUCCUCUCAAAGCUUGUGGACCUCUGGGGGGGCAAAGAUGGACCAGUAGGAUUUGCUGAUUUUGUCUACAAACACAUUGUUCCUGCUUGUUUCUUAGCACCUUUAAAACAAACUUUUGACCUGGCAGAUGCACAAACAGUUUUGGCUUUAUCUGAGUGUGCAGUGACUCUAAAAACAAUUCAUCUCAAAAGGGGCCCAGAAUGUAUUCAGUAUCUUCAGCAAGAAUACCUCCCUUCUCUCCAGGUAGCUCCUGAAAUAAUACAGGAGUUUUGUCAAGCCCUUCAGCAGCCCGAUGCUAAAGUGUUUAAAAAUUACUUAAAGGUAUUCUUUCAGAGAGCAAAGCCCUAAGGAUCACACUGGAAAUCCCUGUACCAAUUUCUGUGAUCAGGAACUCCAGUAAUAAUUUAUACAGAUGGUAUUUUUUUUUUGGUGCCAUUCAUACUGGUGAUCUUUUUAAAGUUGCUCUGUGCUUACUGCAAUAUGUAUUUUGACAUUUUUCUGUAAAAAUGGGUAUGACUGAGUUGGCUUAAAUACAGGUAUGUAACAACAUGAAAAGUUGACCUGCAUGCCUACUCAAAGAUUGUUGUAUAGAAAAAAAAAUUGCUGUAAAAAAAUACAGCAAAGCUGUCAUGGUAUCUUUAAUUUUUUUAUUUGAAACUUAAUUGAAGUCUUUAAAGAGCAUAGUAGUGAUUAAGCAAUGUAUAUUCUAAAAAAAAAUUAUCGACUAUAACAUGUUCAACAUAAGAAUUUAAUUUUCCCUCAUGUAUGCCAAUAUUAAAAUAUGGAAGAAAAAAAGAAUCAAAACUGAUUUUUUUUGUAGAUAGCCAUGACAUUUCUUUAAGCUGUUUUAAUGCUAACAUGUGUUUCCUACAGAACACAGUGAUUUCAUAAAUUAAUUGAUUUAAAAGUAGGUG